CUUUAGUUGGACGGACCGAGCAGAGAAACUUCAGUGUUUUGACUCCAAACAGUGAAAUGAUGAAGAGGAUGAAGAUGGAGUGACGGUGAAGGUGAAGUUCAGCAGGAGAACAUGAGGAGGAGCGACUCGACCGGAGGAGCGGAGCGGUUCGAGUAUCUCCAGACUCUGGUGACGGAGUUCCAGGACACGGACAGCGGAGAGGCCAAGGAGCAGGUGCUGGCGAACCUGGCCAACUUCGCAUAUGACCCGAAGAACAUGGAGUCUCUGAGGGAGCUGCAGGUGACCGACCUGUUCCUGGACAUGUUGACCGAGGAGAACCAGAACCUGGUGGAGUUUGGGAUGGGAGGGUUGUGUAACCUCAGCAUGGAGCCGCAGUGCAGAGACCUCAUCCUGCAGAGCAGCGGCAUCAGCUUAGUCACCGACUGUCUGUCCAGCCAGAGGGAAGAGACCGUCCUGUCGGCCAUCACCACGCUCAUGAACCUCACCACGCCACAGUCCCGCUCUGACAUCACCGCCCCGGCCAUCGUGCAGUGCAUGCUGCGCUUCUCCCUGUCGGAGAACCCCCGGCUGCGCAGCCUGGCAGCCGUGUUCCUGCAGGACUGCUGCAGCCGGGAGCAGGUGGCCCGGGCCGAGCUGCAGAUGCAGGGACAGCAGACGGCCGUCGGGAUCCCGCUGCCCAAAGACAGCUGAGAUGUUUCCUCUCUGUGAGUGAAGGCAAAUGACUUUGUACCGUGCGGCCAUAAGUAUGUGGACGUUCCAAGUGCAGAAUGUAUAGGGGAGGUUUUCAACAGGAACAUCCCCUGCAGCUGAGGUUCUUUGUCUUCUUUCCCUGAACUAUGGAUUCAACCUGCUGCUCUUCUUCUUCAUCCUCCAUCAAAGUGCUGGUUUGAACAGACGAUGGAGUUUAGCUGCUGUGUUUAUUCUGACCACACGAGGGAGCCUGGAGAGUUUCAGUUCUGGGUUCUGUUAGUACUUUCUGCUGUGGACCACACACAGUAUGAGCCUAAUGUCAUGAAUAAUAAAUAACAUCUAUUUUUGUCGAGUGUUGGGACUAAUAGAGACUGAUACUGUUUGUAAAACCCGGCUCACCAUCUGCAGGAGGGUCACGGUUAUGUCCUGAAAUUUAAAAUCCAAAACCCCAAAUAUGUAGAAUAAUAAAGAUCUCUACAUAAA